AUGAAUUCUAGUGAGCCUGUGGGAAAACCUGGAGUAGAGGACCAUGACACUCCGGACUCUGAUACGGUUGUGCUUGACCACGUCGACCAUCCUGGCUCUCCUGGUGUUGGCGCUAGCGCUGCUCCUGGUGCUGACAAGAAGAGUGCUAAGAACAAACAUGGCGGCAGAUCCGACCAAGGUCAUCCGCACGUCGGCACGCUCACGCUCGUUGGCGCCGCCGCCACCGCCGUCUUGCACCACAACCGCAUCAGAUACUCCUAUACCACAGGCGUCGAUGUCACCAUGGUGGACGCGGACGAAGAUGAGAGACCGCGGCGCGCGUUCCUCCAGGCCGCCAUGGACGGCGACCUCGACACCCUCGCCAGGAUGGCGGCGAAGCUGAAGAGCGGCACUGGCCCGGGCGCCGCCGGUGUCUGGGCGUCCUGCGGCCAGAGCGCCCUGCACUUGGCUGCGGUGAACGGCAGGCUGAGCGUCUGCCGCUACCUCGUCCAGGACCUCGGCUUCCCCGUCGACGCGCCGGACUCCCACUGCGACACGCCGCUUGUCCUGGCGGCCACGCAUGGGCAUACCAAGACGGCGGUCUACCUCCUCAAGCGCGGAGCCGACCCCCACGCGAAGGACUCCCACGGCGAGACCGUGCUUCACUGGGCCGCCUCCAAUGGGGACCUUGAGUUGGCUAGGCUGCUCCUGAAGAAAGGUGCUGACCCUGGCGCCACAAACGCCCGCGGCACGCCCCUACAUAACGCCGCCGCUCGGGCGCAUCCGAAAGUCGUCGCUCUCUUGCUGAAGCACGGUGCUGAUCCGAAUAAUGUUGUGAAUUGCGUCUUCACGCCGUUAAUUGCGUCGAUCGUCAGCAGCUCUUUUGAAUGCAUGAAGCUACUUAUCGAGGCUAAGGCUAAUGUUAAUACCGGUGGAUUCAGUGGAACAACCCCGCUGUUCAUAGCAUGCAACCUUAGUGACGCGGUCCCAUUUGUGAAGUGCUUGCUGGACGCUGGAGCAAAUGCGAACGCUACUGAUGAACUUGGUAGGCUACCCAUAGAAGUUGUCGCGGCCGAUGCUGAAAUGGAACUCAUUGAAGUUCUGUUUCCCGUGACCCGACGCCAUCCAACGAUGCUUGACUGGAGUGUUGCCGGCAUAGUGAGACAUGUGAAUUCAGCUGCUUACAAGGAGUGGGUGAUACAAGCCUCCUGUAUCAAGAAAGAUGAAAUGAAACAACAAGGACACUCGGCCUUCAAAAGGAAGGACUAUGAUGAGGCCAUACUUUUUUACAACUUGGCACUGAAGUUUGACUGCACCGACGCCACCUUAUAUUCAAACAGGAGCCUAUGUUGGCGGCGGCUCGGCGUGGGCGAGGAGGCUCUCUCGGACGCCCAGGAAUGCACCAGGAUACGGCCCGACUGGGCGAAAGGCUACUACCGUCAGGGAAUGGCCUUCUGCUUGCUUCAGGAUCCCACCAGCGCUUACGACGCUUUUCUCAAGGCCUCUAAGCUGGAUCCGGGUAACGCUGACAUCAGAAACGCUAUCCGGGAUGUUUUGGCAAUGCGCAAUGUUUCCUGAAGGAGCGUCGCUCGUGUAAGCAGUAUAGGGCAGGUGCUGGUGGUGGAAUGCAGCAGGUCCUGUUGGUUUUGUAAGCCCUGGUAGCUCCUCUCAGAUUGAGAUGUCAGAAGUUUAU